UCACGAGUCCGGACGUGCCCGCCAGCGGUUUCCCCUCGCGGCGCCGCACAGCUUCAACACCGUUCGCCGGUUUGGCGCGAAGUCGGCCGCCGCGUAUUACCCCGAGCCUCAGGAGCCCAGAGACCGCUGCGAAGACCGCCAACACUAAGUGGCGCCCACCGCAGUCCCGCUACGCCGCGUCCCCUCCCCCACCACGCCGAGCAGACCCGCCUUCCAACUGCGUGUCGCUCGUUCUCUGCGCCUGCGCGGAACCUCGCCGCUGCGCGCGCCUAAGCCACGCCCCUCACGCUGGGCCACGCCCUCUGAGGCUCCGCCCUGUCGUCCGGAUCCCACCCUCUGCCCGCAGGACCCCGAACCCAAAUGAUCCUACAACAGCCCCUGGAGCGAGGCCCCCCAGUUCGGGCCCAGCGCGACCCACAGGCCGUGUCGGGGUCGUCCCGAGGCCAGGACAUGAGGUCCUCAUCAGACUGCUGCUCGGGUGAAUGUCCCAGCCUGCCUGUCUCCCCGUCUCUCCCCAGGGAGCCCCUGUGCAAACAGUUCCUUUCUGAAGAGAACAUGGCCACCCAUUUCUCUCGACUCAGCCUACACAACGACCACCCUUACUGCAGUCCCCCCAUGGCUUUCCCCCCGUCUUUGCCCCCACUGAGGAGCCCUUGCUCUGAGCUGCUUCUCUGGCGCUACCCUGGGAACCUGAUCCCGGAGGCGCUCCGGCUGCUAAGGCUAGGGGACGCGUCUACCCCCCGCUAUCUGGCGACCCAAGCUGGGGAGGUAACGGAGCUCUGAGUGCUGGUGGGAAUACCCCUGCCCAUCUUGCUUCUUCCCCACAACCGAGAAGACCAGCACUCCCACUAGGGACCAGCUGUCCUGCUUACUCUCCAGACCAGGCCUUUGGGCCACAGGACCUACCCCCAGCACAGGAGGACACUGAACCCUCCGGAGCCCUGGGGUGGGAGGGGCAGGAGGGGCAGGAGCACGGGGAGGGAGGCGUUCCUCUCAGAACUGAAUAAAGCUUGCUGAGCAAAUGAA